CUUGGGUAGGUCUGUCUGCACAGAUACUGUACAGUACCUGCGUCUAAUCUCUAUGUUGUCUACGACGCCACACAUACACCCUGGUCAAGACUCGUCAACCUCCACGAACCAGCGGCUCAGUUCCUCCACAACCCAGUCAGCACACCACUUCAUCACAUUGUCGGCCUACGGCGCGCUUGAGCUGCCACUCGUGCCGGCCGUGGAGACAGCGGCAGGGCGGGUGCCCAGAACUGCGGAACGAGAGGGCCCAAGCCGCGGCGGGCGGCUGGAUGGUUUGCUCCCUCCGUGGGAUUUAAUAUAUUUCGUGGUCCUUUUUCUCCUAGCGUCUCGCGGUCGCUUGUCACGCGUUACAUCUCAAAUUGAUUACACGCACAAAUUGAGAUGCGGACGGGGGCGUCCGUCGCACCAGCCUACCGGGCAAAUUCCAAGGUUCCCUUCUCGUGGCCAGACCCCAGUCGGUUCAUCCGUACGCACCGGAUGGCAGCCAUGGGGCGAACAUGCUUCUUGGAGCUGGCCAGGCGCCAUACACCCGGAGGGUGCUUAUCAGGCCGGGGGAAUUCAUAUUAAACCGCCAUGCCGGCAGCAAGCGAGAGCGCGGUAUGCAAUUGAAAGCUCUCUUCAACUCGCUGGCGAUAUAGCCUCACAGGACUUGGCGCCCGACUCUUGCAUUCACAGGCACCAUGGGGAUCCUCAGUCGUCUUUCCCUGUUGGCCCUGGCCGCAGCGCCAUUCCUCGAGACAGCAUGGGCACAGUCAGCGACAGCAGUCGUGUACAAAGACCCAACAACGGGAAUCAUCUUUGAUACAUGGACCGUCCCAGAGGGCUCUACGAAGGGUACAUGGACCUUCGGUGCCGCCCUUCCAUCGAAUGCUCUCACGACGGACGCGACAGAGUUCAUCGGUUAUAUACAAUGUGCUUCUCCGGACCCAACCAAGCAAGGGUGGUGUGGCAUGUCCCUGGGGGGCUCCAUGACAAACUCGCUGCUGCUCACGAUAUGGCCAAACAACGGGCAGAUCUUGCACUCAUUCCGUUAUGCCACAGGCUAUGUGAUGCCUGACGUAUACACCGGAAAUGCCACCCUGACCCAGAUAUCGUCCACUAUCAACUCGACGCACUACAGCCUCAUCUUCCGCUGCCAGGGCUGUCUACAAUGGGACCAGGGCGGUGCCACCGGCAGCGUCUCUACGAGCUCCAAGUUCUGGCUCCUCGGAUGGGCGCAGGCCAACCCUGCCCCCGGCAACCCGACCUGCCCCAACCAGAUCACCCUCGACCAGCACGACAACGGACAGAGUCUCUUCCCCGCCACCAUCGACGCGAAUGCGGCCAACCCUUCGUACUCGGCCUGGGCUGCGCUUGCCACCAAGACCGUGACUGGUAGCUGUGGUGGCGGCGGCACAACCGGCGUGCCAACGGCGACAACCACGUCCGUGCCGACACAGACGACCGUCCCUGGCACGCCGGUCCCAACCGCAACCUACGACUACAUUGUUGUGGGUGCUGGGGCUGGCGGCAUCCCCAUCGCGGACAAGCUCAGCGAGUCCGGCAAGAGCGUCCUCCUCAUCGAGAAGGGGCCGCCAUCCUCAGGCCGGUGGGGCGGGCAGGUGAAGCCAGCCUGGCUCGGCGGGACCAACCUCACCCGCUUCGACGUUCCCGGUCUCUGCAACCAGAUCUGGCACGACUCGGCGGGUAUCGCCUGCUCGGACACGGACCAGAUGGCCGGCUGCGUCCUCGGCGGCGGCACUGCUGUCAAUGCUGGCCUCUGGUGGAAGCCCAACACCGUUGACUGGGACUACAACUUCCCCAACGGCUGGAAGGCAGCAGACAUGAGCGCCGCCACCAGCCGGGUCUUCUCGAGGAUCCCGGGGACAGACCACCCCUCGAUGGACGGGCAGCUGUACCUCCAGCAGGGAUUCGACGUCAUCUCCAGCGGGCUCAAGACGGCCGGAUGGGCUUCUGUGACGGCCAACAACGUGCCCAACCAGAAGAACCGCACCUAUGCCCACACGCCCUACAUGUUCAGCAACGGCGAGCGAGGCGGUCCCAUGGCGACGUACCUGGUGAGCGCCAGCGCCAGGAAGAACUUCAAGCUCUGGACGGGCACCUCGGUCAAGAGGGUGAUUCGCUCGGGGGGCCACAUCACCGGCAUCGAGGUCGAGCCAUACCUCAGUGGCGGCUACGCGGGCGUCGUCAACGUCACCGCCAUCACGGGCCGCGUCGUGCUCUCCGCAGGCACCUUCGGCUCCGCGAAGCUGCUCAUGCGCAGCGGCAUCGGCCCGGCCGACCAGCUUGCCGUGGUGCAGAAGUCGGUCGAUGGGCCGACCAUGAUCGGCAACCAGUCGUGGAUCAACCUGCCCGUCGGCUACAACCUCGAGGACCAUACCAACACCGACACCGUCAUCCAGCACCCCAACGUGACCUUUUACGACUUCUACGAGGCCUUUGACACGCCCAACGUUACCGACAAGGACAAGUACCUCAGCAAGCGCUCCGGUAUCCUGGCGCAGGCGGCGCCCAACAUCGGCCCCAUGUUCUGGGACCAGAUCGUCGGCGCCGACGGCAUCACGCGGCAGCUGCAGUGGACGGCGCGCGUCGAGGGGAGCGCGGGGACGCCCGACGGCAAGGCCAUGACCAUGUCGCAGUACCUCGGCCGCGGCGCCACCUCGCGCGGCCGCACGACCAUCACCUCGGGCCUGGGCAUGGUGGUGUCGACCCUCCCCUACCUCCGCGACAAGAACGACGUCGCCGCCGUCAUCCAGGGCAUCAAGAACCUGCAGGCCGCGCUCAAGUCCGUGGCCAACCUGACCUGGGCCUACCCGGACCCCUCCACCAGCGUCGAGGACUUUGUCAACAACAUGGUCGUCUCCUACAGCAACCGCCGCGCCAACCACUGGAUCGGCAGCGCCAAGCUGGGCACCGACGAUGGCCGUAAUGGCGGCUCUGCCGUUGUUGACGUCAACACCAAGGUCUACGGUACUGACAACCUGUUCGUCGUCGACGCGAGCAUCUUCCCCGGCCAUGUCACCACCAACCCGUCCGCUUACAUCGUCACCGCCGCCGAGAAGGCGUCCGAGAAGAUCAUUGCUCUUGCUGCCAACGCGGCCAACGCCCGCUACGCCCAGUGCGGCGGGCAGCAGUGGACCGGGAGCUUCACCUGUGCCGCGCCUUACACCUGCCAGUGGCAGAAUGCUUAUUACUCCCAGUGUCUCUGAGAUUAGCCUGGGGUAAGGCAAGACAAGAUGGCCCUUUGAUUUUUGUUUUGUUCUAUUUGUAUAUACUUAUCAUAGCAGUAAAUAAGCCCAAUCACAUAC